AAAUCGUCGAUACCCGCGUCUGAGUUUUGCCUGCCUCUGCUCCGCUUGCCUGCUUUAACCGCUCCCCCCAGCACCACGAUCUGCUUUGCUCUCUCUUGCACUUUUAUCAGUUUGAGUUUUCUAUCCCAUCGCAUUAAUAUUUCAAUGCUUAGAGCUUCUUUUCUUUUCUGCAGCGACAAGUAGUAGUAGUGUAUUGAAAGAGCAACCGCACACCGCAAUGUCCUUCUUUCCCUAUUAACGGUACCAAAUCUAGUUUGACUACUGAUUCUCUGCAGUGCUGUAAUCCAAACCAUUUAACCUGUAGUAUAUAUUCUACUACUGUAUUUCCUAAUUAAACUUGCAAUGAUUAGUACCCACUACAGUGGAGAAGCAGAGAGGUCUUUCGAUGAAGCCCGCUAGAUUUCUGGUGUUUCCUCUCACAAUCUCUUCCUCUUUAACCUUUCUCGCCGUCUUUUCCAUUUGGGUUCUCAAAGCUACCCCUCCAUUUCAACGCCAACAGACCCCUCCUCUUCAUCUCCCCUUCAACCAGACUCCUCUGCAGAGUUCCGGUCGCUUCCUACCAGUUCCUGUGGUCUCGAAAACUCUAGAUCCUCAUGUUUACCAGGGAGAUCUUUCAGCAAAAAGCAUCAAUUUCUUCCCGACAGGUGGAAACGUGGACACUUCGGCUUCCGACGAUGCAAGUGAUCCGAGUACAGCAACAACAGCAGCUAAUGAAAUCCAAAUACAAGUAGGUACUACUAGUUUCAACGGCAUCCAUAGAUCCAAUACUACUAGUACUACUACCGCCUCGGAUACAAAAUUCUCAGCACUUGCUCCCAACAAGAAUAUUGUGCCUAGAAAACCAGGAAAUACAUCUGGGAGUCCCCUGCAUCCGACGUCAGCGUUGCCCAGUCAAGAUUUGAGGGCCAAAUUAUACAACAACAGCGGGCAUGUUCCUGAUAAUCACGAGGUAAAACUUUUGAGCGGGAUAAAUCCAAUGCACGAAAACAGCAGAGUGAGUAGAAGUAGUGGGAGUGAGCUAACAUGUGAUGUUACCAAUGGGAUGUGGGUAUUUGACCAAAGUUAUCCCUUGUAUCGAAAUACUACUUGUCCCUUCAUUGACGAAGGCUUUAAUUGUGAGACUAACGGAAGGUUGGAUAGAGAUUACAUGAAAUGGAGGUGGCAGCCUCAAGCUUGCAACAUUCCCAGGUUUAAUGCAAGCAAGAUGCUGGAAUUGAUUAGAGGAAAGAGGCUGGUUUUUGUUGGCGAUUCUUUGAACAGAAAUCAGUGGGAAUCCAUGCUAUGUUUGUUAAUGGGAGCUAUCAAGGAUCCGAAGAAGGUUUACGAGACCAGAGGGCGAAAAAUCACGAAAUCCAAGGGAGAUUACCGUUUCAAGUUCGCGGAAUACAAGUGUACAGUUGAAUUCUACGCGACCCAUUUUUUAGUUCACGAGAGCAAGGCAAGAAUCGGCAAGAAACGGGUGCAGACCUUGCGUAUCGACACAAUUGACAAAGGCUCUUCAAAGUGGAGAGGUGCUGAUAUUCUGGUCUUCAACACUGCCCAUUGGUGGAGCCACCAUAAGACGAAAGCAGGGGUCAACUACUACCAGGAAGGUGACCAAAUUCACCCCCGUCUUGAAGUUUCAGUAGCCUUGAGAAGAGCUCUGGCGACUUGGGCAUCUUGGGUCGAUAAAUUUGUCAAUCCACGCAAGACGCGAGUUUUCUUUAGAAGUUCAGCGCCUUCGCAUUUCAGUGGAGGUCAAUGGAAUGCUGGUGGCCACUGCAAAGAAGCUUCUGAACCUACCAACGCCACUUUCGGCACGAGCCCUGCGAUAAAUGGCCUCGUAGAGGAGGUCAUAAGGCGGAUGAAAACCCCUGUGACCUUUCUGAAUAUUAGUGGGUUGUCUAGCUAUCGGAUAGAUGGCCAUCCAUCUGUAUUCGGAAGACCAUCAGAGAAGGGCAGCUUUUCAGGCAUUCAGGAUUGCAGCCACUGGUGUCUACCAGGGGUCCCAGACUCUUGGAACGAGUUGUUGUAUUACCAUUUGCUAUUUGAUGUCACGAACAGCCACGCAGAGUAAAUAGUGUGUCGUCUGAAAGAACGAGAGUGAAGGCUGCAGCUGCAUGCUUUUACCUCAAACACAAAUGUAUAGUGCGUUUCUUGUCAAAAAGGUACAUUCAAUUUUAACAAAGCCCAUUUGCACUGAUGGAACUUUUGAAAUGUCUCGCUCAGAAGUU